AUUAUUUUCAGUAGCAAUAACGAUUGUAUGGCGCCAAUUAAUAAAUGCGCGCACUAUCCUGCAGAGUAUGGAAUAUAAAGACGACGAGAUAAUAUUAAGAAAAUGCUGUGUUCGAGCUCAAACCUUGGAGUUAUCAGAUAUUAACUUGUCAUGGCUCAGCAACGGUGAAAGGGAGCGAAUAAACUGUGCUAAUGCAUGCUAUGUGAGUGUAGAGCGUUCCAUUGGAAUAAAACGAGGGGAUCCUGCGUUUGUAAUGCGCGAGUGUGUGUGAUAAGAAGGUGGGGGUUAGAGACCCCGUCGUGUUUUGACCCCCCAAACAACUCCCAACCACCAUCUCUCCCCUCACCGUCUCUGCCUCUCUCAAUGUCUAAAGCAACAUCGCCCAUGUCGCUGUGAAAUUUUCCUGCCUGUCGCGACAGCCCAUGGACAGCGAGAACGACCAAAAAGGACGCAAUUUCCCCUCACCAAGCAUCUCGCCUGCGAGCCGGACCCAAAGACAUAACGUGCGGACCCAACAGCGCGCUCUCGAAACCGAAGCCAAUGCAGGAUACCACGAGCACCGCCUGAGAGUGACUAUAACCUACACGUCAAAUCUAGGUUUCGAUAAUCUAUACAGGAGGCAGAACGCCUGCGCUGGACAGCCGCUCUGGUCUCAUCCUUCCCGGAGUAGGAUUGGCUUCCGUGUCGCAUGGAUAAGAGGUAUGAAGACCUGGUGCACUACUCAGGGUCAGAGGGCAUGCCCGUGGGGGGGUAUGGAGAGGCCAUGAGGUCACUGCCCCCCCCUCACUAUGGCCACACUGUCCCAGAUUCCCUCAAACACCACAGGGACCAGAUCUAUGGUCAUCCCCUGUUUCCACUUCUGGCCCUGGUGUUUGAGAAGUGUGAGCUGGCCACCUGCUCCCCGCGGGAUGUCACAGCCCUCUCAGUGCCACCCCACCUCCAAGGCUUGACCAAUCACAGUGAUGUAUGCUCCUCAGACUCCUUCAACGAUGACAUCGCAGCCUUCGCCAAACAGAUUCGCUCAGAGAAGCCCAUUUUUUCAACAAAUCCUGAACUGGACAACCUGAUGAUCCAGGCCAUCCAGGUACUACGGUUCCACCUGUUGGAGCUGGAAAAGGUUCAUGACCUGUGUGAUAACUUCUGCAAUCGCUACAUUACCUGCCUGAAGGGCAAGAUGCCCACAGACCUGAUUUUGGAUGACAGGGAGGGCGGGUCCAAGUCCGACGUGGAGGAUUUCACUGGCUCCUGCACCAGUCUGUCGGAGCAGAAUCAGUCGUGGUUGCGGGACCCAGAUGACUGUGCGUCCACUCCACUAGGGACCCCUGGCAUGUCAUGUGGUCUGCCUUCACACAGCACAGACAACUGCAGCGAUACGGGGGAUGGUUGGAUGGGGCGUGGCUCCCCCAGUACGGGAGAGGAGGACGAGACGGACCGAGACAAGAAGAAACAACAAGAAGAAGAAGGAAUUUUCCCCAAACUGGCAAACAUCAUGAGGCAUGCUCUUCCACAGCAUUUAUCGCAUCCAUACCCUUCGGAGGAGCAGAAGAAGCAGCUGGCACAGGACACAGGACUGACCAUCCUGCAGGUCAACAACUGGUUUAUCAAUGCAAGACGGAGAAUAGUACAGCCCAUGAUUGACCAGUCAAAUCGCUCAGGUCAAAGCGGUCCUUACAGCCCAGAGGGAGCAGCACUGGGGGGCUACGGACUGGACGGCCAAGCCCACCUGGCUCUCAGGGCAGCAGGUAAGAGACAGAGAUAAGGACGAMUGGGCCAUGUUCAUUUAGGCAACAAAGAGAAUAAAACGGACUCCUUUCA